UUUCCUGUUUGCUGUUCUCCAUUCGCCGCGAGUGCGUUAAUUUUGUUAGAACUUGCGAUCUGUCCUAAUUCCUAUUAUUUAUUAAUAUUAGUUAUUAUUAUUUUUUAUUUAAGUAUUUAAAGUUUUACUCCAAUUGUUAUUAUUUCAUUAUUACUACAUAAAACGAAUAAGAAGUACUUUUACGUUUAGACGGGAGCCAUCUUGCAAUCUCUAAUCAAAGGUCCUUGGCUCACAGUUUCGUUGUCUGGUUGAAAGUCAGUUUAUUCCAUCAUAUUAUAAUCAAAUGGCGUUAAAACGAAUUAAUAGGGAAUUACAAGACCUGGGCAGAGAUCCACCAGCACAAUGUUCGGCAGGACCACACGGGGAAGAUCUAUUCCAUUGGCAAGCCACAAUAAUGGGUCCAGUCGACAGUCCUUACCAGGGGGGUGUGUUCUUCCUAACUAUACAUUUUCCUACAGACUACCCAUUCAAACCACCUAAAGUUGCAUUCACAACGCGUAUUUAUCACCCCAAUAUAAAUAGUAACGGGUCAAUUUGUCUUGACAUUCUACGUGCACAAUGGUCACCUGCACUUACCAUAUCCAAAGUGUUGCUUUCAAUCUGCUCAUUGUUAUGCGAUCCAAACCCGGAUGACCCCCUGGUGCCAGAAAUUGCUAGGAUCUACAAAACCGACAGAGAAAAGUACAAUGAAUUAGCCCGUGAGUGGACAAGGAAAUAUGCCAUGUGAUGAGUCAAUUGUGACAUUUGCAAACAUAUACACACAUCGCCACAGCCCGGGCUAACCCCUUUCUAAGUUCCCGCUCCCCACUCCCUCUUAGUAUAAAAUCUCAAUAAAUUAUCCAAAAUUAAAUAAAAAUGUAUAAAACACUAUUGGUCAUCUGUAGAGUUUGCAAGUUUGAUGUUGUCUCCAAUAAUUUUAAUGUGCAACUCAUCACAUCAAAGUUUAUGUGCAAGAGGCAUCUUCUAUGAUGGCAAAAUUGUUUUGUUAGCAUCGUCACUCAUUUAGUUGAAGUUUUGAUUAUUAGUUAAAUUUGUAUAACUUGAAUUUAUGUAUUCCUAAAAGAAUUUGUACUUUAACUAGACAUAAAUUGCAUUGUGAAACUGUACAAUAGCAUAUGUUUAGGAUAUGGAGCGUUCCUUGCUUGUCAUCCGGUUCACUUAAGAUUUUGUCAAUGUAUUGUAAGCAAAGCUCAUGAUGUUAAGAACAUUCUGGUAAUGUAUGUAAAUGGUACAACAAAAUGAGCUUCUCGACGAUGUUGAGUGAGUGGUUUUUUUUUACUAGUAAAGCAUCUCGUUUAAGUUAGUGAAUGUAGCUUGCUACAGCAGACUGACAUUGGCUGAGUGGUCAGUUUUCUUUCAUCCACAAUAUCGUGAGUAUCGACGAAAACGCUCCUAUAGGGCCGAGAUUCAGUAUAAAUUACAGUGUAUCUCAUAAGAUAAUAAGUUUAAUCUAGACAUUUUUUUUCAAUAUGGCGAUCUUUAUAAUUAUAAUUUUAUCUAAUAUAUAUUGUGGUUGUAAGGA